CCAAAUGUGAGGCAAGGCAACCUUGAUGGCACAAAUGGGAGUGCUAGUGCUAAACCUUCCCUUAGCCCAAUUGAUGAAACAGUGCAAGCUUUGCACUAAGAAAACCUCACAUUUCUACACAUCAUUUAUUGCCAAAGAAGUUCAAUAUUUUAGCCAUUGAUGCUUGUUUGUGCAAAUUCUUCACACCAGCCAUGGGCAUCAACCAUUCCCACACUCAUCAUGCUCCCAAAAUGCACAACCAUAGACCACGUGAAUCAAAUCCAUGCACGCAUGAUAACAACCGGGUUCAUAAAAAACACCACACUCACCACAAAACUUGUCCUCACUUUCAUUUCUUCACCCCAUGAGCCUCUUGUUGAGUUUGCUCGCUGCAUCUUCUUCAAGCACCAUGCUGUUCGCGCUCCCAGUGAGCAAGAUGAUGACCCUUUUCUUUGGAAUGCGGUGAUCAGGUCUUAUUCUCAUGGCCGUGACCCAAAAGGGGCAAUGGUUUUGCUCUCUUUGAUGCUUGAAAAUGGGGUUUGUUUGGAUAAGUACUCAUUUUCGCUGGUUUUGAAGGCGUGUUCUCAGGUGGGUUUGAUGAAGGAGGGAAUGCAGGUUCAUGGGUUGUUGUGUAAGACAGAUAUUGUGUCUGAUGUGUUUUUGCAGAAUUGCUUGGUGAGUUUGUUUGUGAGGUGUGGGUGUGUUGAGUUUGCGCGGCAAGUGUUUGACAGAAUGCCUGAGAGGGAUUCUGUUUCUUAUAACUCGAUGAUUGAUGGGUAUGUGAAAUGUGGGGCGGUUGGAAAAGCGCGUGAGUUGUUUGAUGGUAUGUUGGUUGAGGAGAAGAAUUUGAUUACUUGGAAUUCAAUGAUUGGAGGGUAUGUGAGAUGUGAAGAUGGGCUGAAGUUUGCUUGGAGUUUGUUUCUUAAAAUGCCUGAGAGGGACUUGGUUUCUUGGAACACGAUGAUUGAUGGCUGUGUGAAGCAUGGGAAGAUGGAGGAUGCUCAAGCAUUAUUUGAUAAGAUGCCGGAAAGGGAUCUGGUCAGUUGGGCUACUAUGAUAGCCGGUUACGCGAAAUCGGGUGAUGUUCUUGCUGCGAGGAGUUUGUUUGAUGAAAUGCCCAGGAGAGACACCAUUUCUUGUAACACAAUGAUGGCUGGAUAUGUUCAGAAUGGGUACUGCGUCGAGGCUUUGAAACUAUUUCAUGAUAUGAGAAGUGCGACAAAUAUGUUACCUGAUGAUACAACGUUGUUGAUUGUUCUUACAGCAAUUGCUCAGUUAGGACAUGUUGAGGAUGGAGUUGUGAUACAUCGAUAUUUGAUGGACAAUGGUUAUUCUCUGAGUGGUAAUCUUGGCGUUGCUCUGAUUGACAUGUAUUCCAAGUGUGGUAGCAUUGAUAGUGCCAUCUCAGUGUUUGAGAAUAUUGAACAAAAAUGCAUUGAUCAUUGGAAUGCUGUGAUUGGUGGCUUAGCUGUUCAUGGAAUGGGUGUAAUGGCUUUUGAUUUUCUCAUGGAAAUGGAAAGGCUUUCUAUUAUACCUGAUGAUAUCACAUUCAUUGGACUGUUGAGUGCUUGUAGGCAUGCUGGGAUGUUGAAGGAGGGAUUGAUAUGUUUUGAGCUCAUGAAAAAAGUGUACAAACUGGAACCUAAAGUGCAGCACUAUGGUUGCAUGGUGGAUAUGCUUAGCCGAGCAGGACACGUUGAAGAAGCCAUGAAACUCAUUGAGAAGAUGCCUAUUGAACCCAAUGAUGUCAUUUGGAAGACUUUGCUUAGUGCUUGCCAAAGCUAUGAAAUCUUCUCGAUAGGAGAGCCUAUAGCUCAACAAUUGAUUCAGCUUAAUUCAAGCAGUCCAAGUUCCUAUGUGCUCCUGUCUAAUAUUUAUGCCAGUUUGGGCAUGUGGGACGAAGUUAAAAGAGUUAGAACAAAAAUGGAAGAAAAAAAUUUGAAGAAAAUUCCAGGUUGUAGUUGGAUUGAACUGGGGGGAAUUGUUCACCAGUUCUCUGUACAAGAUAGGACACACCCUCAGGUUACUGAGAUUUAUUCUCUGUUAAGUAGUUUGUAAAUUCCUGAUCUGAAUCAUAUCCAUCUUGGUAUAAUGUUCAUAUAGGUAAGGUAGUCUCUCUUCUAUCUGAAUACAAGUCUAAUAGUGAAAUGUGAAUCUUGUGCUCUA